UUUAAUGGUGGCGGAAAAGGGAGUUCUUGUUUGAGUUUCUGAUGUGCGGAUCGAGGAGAUUGGGAGAGGAGGAUGCUGCUAAUGAGGUGGAGAAUGAUUUCGAGGUCUGGUAUGAAUGCGGGAGCUUGCCGGCGCAGCCGCUACCUGUUUGAUGAAAUGCUUGAAAUAACAUACUCGGUGUUUGUGCAUGAGAAGUAUUAAGUCAUCUUGCAUGGCAUGGUGAAAUGUCUUGGAAACUCACAACUUAGUAGAUUCAACCCUACGAUGAAGUGAAUCUGGAGCACCAGAGACUGAUGCUUCAGCUAACCUACCCCCUCUUUGGUUGGGUCUGGACUUGUGAUGGUCAUAAUCGAUCCUUUAUACUCGAGAGCAUGAUGUUCAUUAUAGUGGAAUUGCUGUUCAUUUGACUGCUAGUUAGCUAUUGAUGUAUGGAAUCCACUUCAAGGCUGUUGUUUUACAUCCAAGAUGGUGAGGAUGAUGGUGACGAAGACAUUGACUUGAUUAGGCCUUCCACAUUGUUGAUGCCAGCUCUCUUUCACAUUUGAUGCUGAUAACUUCGUAUGGCUGUUUCUUAUCAUCAUGACAUGUAUAGCAACCGACACCGAAGAUAUUGAUGGCGGCUAUUAAAAGCAAGAUAAGAGAAACAGAGGAUGGCGGCUACUGCAAUGCAAAAAGGAGAUUUGGAUACGACGUUAUCAGCUAUGAGAAGCACAUUGCGAUGGCUUCUCGGCUCGAUGAAUCCUUCUUAGGGUGUGAUUUGUUGGGGAAACUUUUGGGGGUCAAGAAGCGCCAUCUCGGAGUAGCAUUUCCCUGAUUCAAAAGAAUUCAAAUCUCCCGCCCUUUUUACCAUUUUCAUCUCUCCCCGUCCUCGACUCCCGCUCUCCCACCCAUCUCCCCUCACUCGCCAUGGACGCUCAGCCCGCCGUCUUCCCUGGGAAGCGCAGAACGGGCGCAAAGUCUUCCGAAGUAAAGAAUGGCGACGGGGUCAAGGCUCCCAAGAAACCCCCAUGGCAGUUCGUCACCGCCGCUCAACCGAGGCCGAAGCGUGCUUUUGGCGUCGCGAGGAGCACGAAUGUUCCCGUCGAGAAGCCUCACCUCACCGCCAAGCCCCGGAAAGUUCUCGCAGCAGCGCCACCACCACCACCACAACCACCAACUGGUACUAGAAAGAUACGCGCAGUCUGUAUUCAAGAAACAAAGACAGCAGCAGUCACCAAAACCAGCAGAAAAGAUGAACACCAAGAGGCGGUCGGCACACCAACGUCUUCGACCAAGCCCACCGUUGCAGGCACGCCGUACCUCAGUGCCCUGAAUUGCAGCAAGUGCAAGUACGACCAGCUCGAGUCGUCGACGUACUGGCUCGCGCAGAUAAGGUUGGCGGAGUCCACAGGGAAGCACUUUGUUUCCGCCGCUUUCUUCCGCCUCGCGUUGGAAUGCCGUGCCCAGCCGUUACAUAGGCUUCGAAUCGAGCUCAGAGAUUACGUGACGCGACAUCAAGUUAAUUCAAUGGAAUCCGCGUGGGUUGAUCUGUCUCGGGCUUAUGGACUGGGGAAGGGAGGAUUGGAUUCUGACUCGUGCGAUCUCAUUCAGAAUAAUUCUCUCUUAGCUGAAAUGAACGGUUCAAUGGAUGAACCUGAUGUUGAUCUAUGUAAUCUUGAUCGAGGUCAUGUUUCUCUAGCCGAAAAGGAUGGAUGCUCAGAACAUGACGAUGUCGAUGGCAUAGCAGCCGAUAAGAGUCUGCAUGAUGCAGCUGAAGCGAAAGCCAAUUAUGGUGAUGAAGAAAAAUUUGGGAAUAUGGAGCUGAUCGACAGUGCAUCGAUCGACACCUUAACUGGGAAUAAAUGUGGCGAUGCUACCAACAUCUGUUGCAGCAGUAAUAAGCGUGUAAGUUCUUCGCCCGGAAAGAUUGAGACUGCAAAAUCUUGCCUUUCCACUGGCAAAGACAUGGUGGUGGGCUCAGUGGUGACUCAAGAAAUGUCCAAAGCCUCAGCUAACAAUGCAGCAAGGAGUAACCAUGGCGUCGGUAGAAGAAACAGGAGCUGUCAGGAUACAAGCAAAAACAGAGAGACUGAUGCUUAGGGUUUAGCGUGAGAAAUUUGAGGAUGCUGAUUGUAGCAGAUUAACUGGGUACAUUUGCAAACCUUUAGAAAUUUGAGGACAAAAGAUUGAUUUGAUUUAUUGGUGUGAGUUAUGUUUGUAGACUGUUACUGUAGUUUUGUCGAUUCUAUGCUGGUGUGGUUUAUAUGUUUUCUCCGAGUUGGUAUUCAUUAGACGCAAGAAUUAUUCUACUUGA